CAGUUUACUUAUUCCUUUUCCAACUUCAACAUUCACAGCCACGAACAAGAACAAACAUAGGGAAGACGAAUAACAAGAUAUGUCCUCUCCACCAUCUCCCACUCACCAUAAUGAGUCUAUUCCACUUGCUGGCACCGAGGUUCAUGGUCUCAAGCGAAGUCGUGACACUAAUCCACUUGGUCAAACUCCGGAGAGUCACCAUGAACGUCGAUCACCAAACCCCAGCGUCUCCCUUGAAACGCCCAACCAAGUCGGGCAUCCUCCCACACCACUGGCUAAAAAAGGACGCCGUUUCUCGAAGUGCUCGGAUGUUGAACAGACCAGCCCACCUACGACCCGUCAUCCUCAAGGUGUCUCUCACAGUCAUACUUCCUCCAAUGGUGGUAGCGACCAUGACCACAGCAAAUCGCGGGUGACCACUCCGGAAGCCACUGAGGUUAAAUCUGUUCGAAAGAAAGUCGAAGGCAUGGGCGUGGAGAACGAUCAGGAACAGGCACAUGAAGCACUAGAAGUGACUCCUCUCAAUCCUGGCCAAUCUGACAACGAGGCUUCGAUUCUUACAGCGCCUGCGAAGUCUGAUGCUCUGCCUGCCUCUUGGGCGUCCUACAAUCAUUCUGAAUCGCCAUUCAUGGUACAUGCGCCAAAGUCCAACGUCUCGAUUUUUUCCGCCUCAGAUCCUGUUACCUCAGAUCAAGCUUCAGAUUCUACACCAGUUCCAUCCUCAAAUACCGGUCCUGCUCGUGCCUUUGCGGUCCCACACAGUAAUACACACAAACCUUCCUCCUCUGCCUUGCAUUCAUCUUUCACUAGCGCCAUCACUGGAUCAAACUCGCUUGCUUCAGCUUCCCCUAAUUUCCCCUGUGGCUCAGAUUUUUUCCUCAAAGGUAAGCGCAACAACUGUUUAGCUAGCUCUCAGUCCGGGCUAGAGCCCGGGAAUUCAGUUCAGAAUAAGAAGGCCAAACUACCCGAGGCAAGUGGGGGUGACGGCUUUGCCGCCUAUUCGAGUGGUCGACCUACUAGUCUCAAGCCAGCAGCACUGGACAAACUGAACAACAACGAAGCCUUGCAGAUCCCCUCUCUUUCAGCCCCUCUUCUGAAUGUCAAACCGAUUUCUUCAGCUGCUAGCUCCGUGUGCGCAGUCAACGGAGACUCCGAUAGUAUUCGAAGCCCUCCCCUCUCAACUUCAUCAGCGAUCACAUCAUUUCCCCAAUCUAGAUCAAAUCCUAGCCCACUUGGAUUCUCCUCUUUUUCUCAAUCUUCAGCUUUUGGUGUCUCGCCGCUAACGAAUGGCAAAGCAAAUUGGACAUCGUCUACACCUUCGGUCUUCGAUCAGCCUACUAUCUCACCAAGUGACGGACAAAGUGAAGAAGGGGGAAAUGGUCCCAAAAAGAAAACUCACUUAGCCCUUGCUGCCGAUCUCGGGGGAGAAGACAAGCAUGCUGGGUUUGGGGCCAAGGAACGUGAGUCUAAUGGCCCUCUAUCGGCUCAAUGCGUUCGUGUUUGAUGACCGUCGAAUUUCUACUCCAAAUUUUUCAUGUUACUAUGUCUCGUCUACGUCUCCAUAGUCAUCACGGGUGAGGAGAAUGAGAAUCUGGUCAAGAGUGUGAGAUGUAAAGUCUUUACUUUGGAAGAGGAUGGAACAUGGCAUGAACGCGGAUCAGGUGGACUUCGAUUACUUCGUAACAAAUCAGAACCUUCGCGUUAUCGAUUGAGUACGUUGUUGAUCCCCUUCUUGCCCCACUUGCAGUAUCCAUGUUUGAUCAUCUAUACUUAUGCCUGGACAAUAAUCGGAUGAUCAGUCAUGAGAGCCGAUGCCGUACACAGAGUACUCUUGAAUGUCCCAAUCUUCAAGGGUUUCAGCUACGUGGCGAGUCAAGAAAAGUUUCUAUCGUUUGCUUCGACGGCCAUCAACACCGAUCCAUCAAUUUCUUCAGCGUCGAAGGAUUCUGGUGACGGAGGACAAACUACGAAUACUAGUAACAGCCAAUUUCAAAAGUACCUUUGUAAAGUAAGUCACAGUUGAUUGAUAAAUGAAUCUUAUUGAAGCUUCUAAUUCAAUUUCUUAUUUUCAUAGUUCAGUCGAACGGAAGCUCGUCAAGAGAUGAUUGAUAGUAUUCAACAAUGCUUGACUGAUUUGGCCUCAAGACCAGACCUUCCAACUAACACCCAUCUAUCUACAUCAACAGAUGAGGAUUAGGAUACGGAAUCUGAACCUGAUCAAUAGCAAUCUCUAACUAAUGUUGUUUUGUUUCUCACUCACUUUGCUUCUUCUUCUUCAUUGACGUGUAUAUGAUAGUUGUCUUGUUCCUGUCCCGACGAAAAAAACGUUUUUGGCGGUGUCCUAAGUACCAAGUAGUUCUCCAUCUUUCUAACUAUACAACCCCUUCACUUUGAGAUUUUUUACAUAAAAUAAAAUGUGAAGCUCAUAAAUAAAAAACAUUUGUGGUAAAUCGGAAGUUGUAUAAAGUUCAAUUUUAUGGGAAUAAAUGAUCAUCUACCACUACCAUGAAAUGUUGGACUUGGAACUUGG